UAGCCUCUGACUUCCGGGCCAGGACUGGGACCGCCCCCUGAAGGCGGGUCUCGGGCUCCGAUUGGCUGGCACGCACAUGCGCUAGCGGUGGGUAGGCGGCUUGGGUGGGAGGCGGUGGCUUAGCUCCUCCGCGUCCCGGGAGCGGCUGGGCCAUGGCGGUGCCGGCCCUGCGAGAGGAGUUGGACUCGGUGUACCUGCAGCUGCUCAACGACCUGGAGGAACUGGAGGCGAAGCGGGCGGCGUUGAACGCCCGGGUGGAGGAGGGAUGGUUCUCGCUUGCCAAGGCUCGCUAUGCCAUGGGCGCCAAGUCGGUGGGGCCCCUGCAGUAUGCCUCGUGUAUGGAGCCUCAGAUCUGCGUGCGCGCCAGCGAGGCCCAGGAUGGACCCCAGACCUUCAGGGUGAUCAAAGCUGAUGCCCAGACCCCCGAGGAAGUGGGACCCAGCGAGGCAUCUCUGCGCAGGCGCAAGGGCCCUACCAAGACCCAAGUGUCAGGGACCUCCGUGGUCCCUCAAGAUCCCUUGAACUGGUUUGGAAUCUUGGUUCCUCACAGUCUUCGGCAGGCCCAGGCCAGCUUCCGGGAUGGCCUUCAGCUGGCUGCAGAUAUAGCCAACCUCCAGACUCGAAUCAACUGGGGUCGGGGUCAGGUCCGGGGCCUCCAGAAAAAACUGAAGGAGUUGGACCCUGGACCUGCCUGAUCUGAAUCUACUGUCAAAGGCAUUAAGCAUAGCCGUCUUGGGUGUCGCUGCCUUACUCAGGCCAUCUUUCAUAAUAGCCCCAUCUCAGCUACUGCCCCUCCUAGAAAUGCCCUUCGUCUGUAUUGUUUCCAGCCUUGUGAAUUAGGAAGUUGAGUUAGGAAGUUUGAUGAGGCAAGCUGAGCAGUGUUGAAAGCAGUUUGUUUGAAACCUCUUGUAGGUGCACGUUCUCAUAGGGCCUCCCUCCUUGUGGGCAAGUCCGUGAACAAAGGAGGAACCUCGGCAGAGCCAGCAUGCAUGGUGGAGGGAAGAAAAGGAAUCUGCAGACCUAGGCCAGAUCAGGACAGUUCCAGUCAGUAAAAAUACCUCUGCCUGGGCAUGUGGUCCGUGCUUAUAGUCCCAGCAACUCUAGAGGCCGAGGCAGGAGGAUCACUUAAGCCCUGGAGUUAGAGACCCUUUAAAAUUAUGUAAGACCACACACACACACACACACACACACACACACACACACACACACACACACACACACACACACUCCAGAGCAGACUGUCAGGUAGGAGGGGGUAUUCUAUUAUAAAAGGGAAAAAAGACACUUUGACAUUCUCUCAAGGAACUUGGAGGAACCUCCCACUUUUGUUUAUAGAAGGAUAGUCCAGCCUCUUUGCUUCCCGAACUUGUAUUCUUGUGUCUGGGAACUGUGUCCUGCUGCACUUUUCUGUUGAGCUAACUUGAGCAGUGUCUGGAGACUUGUGUUUGAGGAGGGAUGUAACCAUUUAUAGGGUGUAAAUACUUCUUCCUGAUUUAAUUUUCCUUAUAUUGGUUUUUCUACUUCUUAAUUGUAAAAAUACGUAACACUGUACAGAAAAAUUGAAUAAAGUGAAAGCCAGGGUAACUGUC